AUAUGUUGAGGUUGGUCAUACUGAAAGCCAACGUAAAUAAUUGAAAAAAAUUAUGCAUCACUAAUUUGACGCUUUGCAAACGUCAAAAAUAAUAGGCGUUUCGGGAAUUUGAUAAUUUAUAUCGUGUCCGAGAGAAUAAGUCAUAAAGUUUGUAGGUUAAUAUGACGGACUCAAAAUAUUUUACCACUACCAAAAAGGGUGAAAUAUUUGAAUUAAAAUCUGAAUUAAAUAAUGAUAAGAAAGAAAAGAAAAAAGAGGCCGUUAAAAAGGUUAUUGCAUCUAUGACAGUAGGUAAAGAUGUUUCAGCUUUAUUUCCAGAUGUAGUCAAUUGUAUGCAGACGGAUAACUUGGAGCUUAAAAAGCUGGUAUAUCUGUAUUUAAUGAAUUAUGCAAAAUCUCAGCCUGAUAUGGCUAUAAUGGCAGUUAAUACUUUUGUUAAGGAUUGUGAAGAUCCCAAUCCGCUGAUCAGAGCACUUGCAGUAAGAACUAUGGGUUGCAUUAGAGUGGAUAAAAUAACUGAAUAUCUUUGUGAACCUUUAAGAAAGUGCUUAAAAGAUGAAGAUCCGUAUGUACGAAAAACUGCUGCUGUUUGUGUUGCCAAAUUGUAUGAUAUAUCAUCAGGAUUAGUAGAAGACCAAGGAUUCUUAGAGCAACUAAAAGAGUUACUGAGUGACUCUAAUCCUAUGGUUGUUGCAAACGCUGUUGCUGCUUUGUCUGAAAUCAACGAGAGCAGCCCUACUGGCCAACCGCUCGUUGAAUUGAGCACAAAUACCAUCAACAAACUACUAACAGCUUUAAAUGAGUGUACCGAAUGGGGACAAGUAUUUAUCCUUGAUUCUUUAUCGAACUACACUCCCCGUGAUGAACGCGAGGCUCAAAGUAUCUGUGAACGUAUCACUCCUAGACUAGCACAUGCUAAUGCAGCCGUGGUUCUAUCAGCAGUUAAAGUUUUGAUCAAAAUGAUGGAAAUUUUGGCUGGAGAUACUGAAUUUUGUAAUACUUUAAGCAAAAAAUUGGCUCCUCCUUUAGUAACUUUACUCAGUUCUGAACCAGAAGUACAGUACGUUGCUUUAAGGAAUAUUAAUUUGAUUGUGCAGAAGAAGCCUGAUAUACUGAAACAUGAAAUGAAAGUUUUCUUUGUGAAGUACAACGAUCCGAUCUAUGUGAAACUAGAGAAAUUGGAUAUAAUGAUCCGUUUAGCAUCCCAAGUAAAUAUUCAACAGGUUUUGAGUGAAUUAAAAGAAUAUGCCACAGAAGUAGACGUCGAUUUUGUGAGGAAAGCUGUUAGAGCUAUUGGGCGUUGUGCUAUUAAAGUAGAACCAUCUGCAGAGAGAUGUGUUGCAACCCUAUUGGAGCUUAUACAAACCAAAGUUAACUAUGUAGUACAAGAAGCUAUUGUGGUGAUAAAAGAUAUAUUCAGAAAAUAUCCGAAUAAAUAUGAGAGUAUCAUAAGUACGUUAUGCGAAAAUUUGGAUACGUUAGACGAGCCUGAAGCUAGAGCCAGUAUGGUAUGGAUUAUUGGGGAAUACGCUGAAAGAAUAGAUAAUGCCGAUGAACUUUUGGAAAGUUUCUUAGAAGGUUUCACUGAUGAAAACGCCCAAGUACAAUUACAACUUUUGACAGCAAUAGUGAAAUUAUUUUUAAAACGUCCCCAACAUACUCAAGGUUUAGUUCAACAUGUUCUCAGCCUGGCGACUCAAGAUUCCGAUAAUCCUGAUUUGAGAGAUCGCGGUUUUAUUUAUUGGAGAUUACUUAGUACGGAUCCAGCAGCUGCUAAAGAAGUAGUACUCGCCGAUAAACCGUUAAUUUCGGAAGAAACCGAUUUAUUAGAACCCACGUUAUUGGAUGAAUUGAUCUGUCACAUAUCAUCCCUUGCUAGCGUUUAUCAUAAACCACCAACUGCUUUUGUAGAAGGACGAUCAGCAGGUAUCAGAAAGUCGUUGCCUGCUAGACAGGGUUCUACCGAAGAAAAUAUCAACGCAACGGAACCUACUGUUAUUCCAAAUCAAGAAAGUCUCAUAGGAGAUUUGCUCUCGAUGGAUCUUAACGCUCCUACUCCAGCAAUGCCGACUCCUGCUGCGCCAGCAACUAGUAAUGUCGAUCUUCUUGGAGGAGGCUUGGACGUUUUGUUAGGUGGAGGAGAUCUUACAACUUCAACUACACCAUCAACAACUACCGGUUUGUUGGGUGAUAUAUUUGGAAUACCUACAGCCCCUACUAUGUACACGCCACCCAAAGCGAUUUGGUUACCGGCUGAAAAAGGUAAAGGACUCGAGAUACAAGGAACGUUUUCUAGAAGAGCAGGGCAAAUGUCUAUGGAUAUGACAUUUACAAAUAAAGCAAUGCAGGCUAUGUCAAGUUUUGCUAUCCAAUUCAACAAAAAUAGUUUCGGUAUCGUUCCUGCUUCUCCUCUUAAUAUUCCAGCUCUCCAACCGAGUCAAAGCCUCGAAUAUAAUUUACCUUUGGGUACUACUGGUCCCGUGCAACGUAUGGAUCCGCUAACAACUCUUCAAGUUGCCGUUAAGAAUAACGUUGACAUCUUUUAUUACGCCUGUCAGAUACCCAUUCAAAUUUUAUUCUGCGAAGACGGUACGUUGGAUAAGAGAGUAUUCCUUACUACUUGGAGGGAUAUUCCUGCAGCAAACGAGGUGCAAUAUACCGUUAACGAUGUGAAAGGUAAUACUGACGCCAUAUCAAAUAAAAUGACCCUGAAUAACAUCUUCACCAUAGCAAAACGCAAUGUAGAAGGACAAGACAUGUUGUAUCAAUCCUUAAAAUUGACCAACAAUAUUUGGGUACUUUUGGAACUUAAGCUCCAACCAGGGGUUUCUACUGCGACUCUAAGUUUGAAAUCUAGAUCUGUAGAAGUAGCUCCUUAUGUGUUCCAAGCUUAUGAUUCUAUUUUAAAGAAUUAGUUAUUGAAUUGUCAGCUUAUGGACGUUAGGAAUCGCUUUAUUUACUCAUUUUUGUCAUUCCAAUAUAUAUUGUAUUUAAUCUUUAGAGUAUAUUUGACUUUAAAUUGUACAUUAUUCGUAGAUUACAUAAUAUAAGAAUA